GUAGAUGGCUGUGUCAAAGCUGAGGAGGGCUGGCUUAUGCCUACACUGGUCUUCAAUGCCUUACUGUCGUACAUGCCUGACUGUGCAAACCCCUGUGUAUCACCACCUCCCCCAUUCCUCCUACCUCUUGCCCCCCGGUUCCCCGGCUUGCCCCUGCAGUCCUCCUCCUCCUCCUCGCCCGCCUCCUCCGCCGCCUCGCCCUUCCUGGCGCUCAUGCAGCAAUACACCCGACUGGUGCUGCUCACGCUGGAGGUGGUGGCAGCCGACCCACGGGUCACCACCACUCGCCCGCUCCGCCGCCCCGAAACCGUCACACGACCCAGCGGCUACGACACUGCAUUUACGUCCACAUGCGACCUUGCAUUCGCCAAUAGUACCCGCAGCAGUGCUAGCACCAUCAGCAGCGGCAGUGCUAGCAGUGCCGGCAGCAGCGGCAGUGCUAGCACCAGCAGCAGUAGCAGUGCUAGCACCAGCAGCAGUAGCAGUGCUAGCACCAGCAGCAGCGGCAGUGCUAGCACCAGCAGCAGUAGCAGUGCCGGCAGCAUGUGUCCGCCUCGCGGGUUGGCUGUGCGGCUGCUGGUUGCGUUCAUGGGGGCGGUGCGGGGCAGCGAGUGGAGCCUGGGGAGGUUUGUGGAGGGGGUGCGUGUGGCGUAUGAUCAGGGCUUGGCGGCGGACGAGCUCUUCUCGCAGCUGGAGGAGUGGGAGUUCGCGCAGAGUGGGGGACUGCUGCCCAUUGCCGACCCCUCCAGGACAGCUGCAGCGGCGGCAGCGGCGGCGGAAGCAACAGCAACAGCAGCAGCAGCGACAUCCUCACAAGCGGCAGCAGCAGCAGCGACAUCCUCACAAGCGGCAGCAGCAGCAGCAGCGACAUCCUCACCAGCGGCAGCAGCAGCAGCAGCGACAUCCUCACCAGCGGCAGCAGCAGCAGCAGCGACAUCCUCACAAGCGGCAGCAGCAGCAGCAGCGACAUCCUCACAAGCGGCAGCAGCAGCAGCGACAUCCUCACCAGCGGCAGCAGCAGCAGCAGCGACAUCCUCACAAGCGGCAGCAGCAGCAGCAGCGACAUCCUCACAAGCGGCAGCAGCAGCAGCAGCGACAUCCUCACAAGCGGCAGCAGCAGCAGCAGCAGCGACAUCCUCACAAGCGGCAGCAGCAGCAGCAGCGACAUCCUCACAAGCGGCAGCAGCAGCAGCAGCCGCAUCCGGAGUCCAAAAGGAGUCCAGAAGCGGUGAAGGAGCACGCGAAGAGUCGGGUGGUGUGGUGGAGGGUGAGGGUUCCUCCUCCACGGAAGCAUCGCCGCCACCGCCACAGGACCAGCAGCAGCAGCAGCAACCAGCAGCGCCCGAGUACGAGAUAACCAAGCAGUUGUUGAGCUGUUGGAUCAGUUUGUCGUACAUGGCACUAGCGCAGCUGCAGGUGCCGUACCCGGCGGCGGGGCAGCGGCUGGGAUGGGCGUGGGCAGGGUUUGGAGAUCCCAUCGAGGCAAUUGGAAUGAACGAUUUCGUGGGCAACGUGCUGAGGGGGAUGGCGGGGGCCGACCCACGGGUCAUUCCCCAGCCGCCGACCCACCAGCAGCAGCCACAGGAGCAGCAGCAAGAGCGGUGGAAGCGCGGGGGCUCCACUCCGCUGGUCCGUGUGGAGGACGAGAGCCUGCCAGCCACCUCCACCGCCGUACGAGUCUUCGCUCAACAGGUGGCUCUGGUGCAGGCGGUGUGCCGCAGCGUGAUGCAGGGUGAGCCGGGGGCUGCUCCUGGUGCUGCUGCUGGUGCUGCUGCUGCUGGUGGGGAUAAAGAGGAAACAACUGACUGACUGAGGAAUACAGCGCCUACAUGGGGGCAGCGGGGGAGGAGGAGGGCCGUAGCAGCAUAUGCACGGCUUUGUUGCGUGGCAGCAUGUUACGAGCGCAAACAGCGGGUUGUGUGUAUGGCCUGGAGAUGCCGUGGUUGCUUCCUUGACCGUGCCUUGUGUUAUUGCUGACGUGAAAAGUGCUUUGGUAGUGUGAAGCGCUGCUGCUGCUGGUGCUGUUGGUGGGUAGGCGAUACUCACGCUUGCGGUCUGUGGUCUUGCAUGGCGCCGCGUCGGGGCUUUUGCGGUUGGUGAGUGAGAGGGGGAGCUGAGCUGCUGGGGAGCAGGGCUGCCUGGCUUCACCAGCCAGCAGCCGCGGCAGCCACCAUGCUACCUGCCGGGAAGCAUGCCGGCUGCCUCUGUUGGGAGUUUCGCACCCUUGUUUGUCCGGGUGUGGUGGAAGGGGACCCGGAUACCGUAUGCAGGUUCCCAUCAGCUGCAUGGAGUGAGCUCGGCAAGAGCUCCUUUAUCUAUCUGAUGGCACCCUGGUUCUUCGUUACAAUGCUUGCAUACAGAGCUACUACUCGCCUCGCGCGCCCGAGGGCUCAUGGCCCCGAUUGUAGAAACCGCCAACGAAGGACACCGUGAGGGUG